GGACAGUGUGUGGGAAAAAAAACGGGAGGAGCUAGAGUGCGAGAGAGAGAGAGAGAGCAGGGAUGAGAGGGUGGGAAGCUCAGAGCUUGAGAGAGAGAGCGCCUGAGCGGACGCAAAUCCACUGAGAGAGAGAGAGAAGAGAGAGAGAGAAGAGACUUGAAGGGAACAAAACCAGCAGCGGGGGCAGAUCGAGGGAAGAAGAGAGUGAGACAGAGAGAGCUUCACAUGCGAGGCGGAGGAACAACAAAGACACAGGACGAAGGAAAGAAAGAGAGAGAGAGGGAGAGAGAGGAGCGUUUGCGCUGGUCUACUCCGGGAUCCGUCUCCAUCUGGCUGCCAUCUGUGUCCCUGGCUCUGGCCUUCGCCACACUGGAGCUCACAUAUGUGGGAAUGCAAACACAUGCCUGACAUAUGAAGGCGCGGAGUCACAGAAAGAGACAAAAAGGAAAGGAUAAGAGAGCAAAACCCCGCCGCAGCCGCAGCAGCAGCAGCAGCCGACUUUCUCCAAGGACUGGAGGAGUGGACUCUACUAGAGAGGAGACAGUAGAGAGAAGAAGAGCCCUGCCAUGCCCGGUUCGCCUGUGGAUGCUAAGACUCAUUCCAGAUCCGCCCCCUGCAGCAGCGCCAGCUCCACGAUGCCCCCCCUGCCUUCCGUCAACCCCAGCGGACCUCGCCCGGCCUCCUUUUCCACCACAGCACUGACCAACGGGCAUCACCACUCCCCGCCGACCCUGAACGCGGUGCCGUCCCCGCCGCAGCGCUACAGCAACGGGCCGUCGUCCUCCUCUUCCUCCUCGCUGGCCAACCAGCAGCUGCCGGCCACGUGCGGCGCCCGCCAGCUGAGCAAGCUGAAGCGCUUCCUGACCACGCUGCAGCAGUUCGGCAACGACAUCUCCCCCGAGAUCGGAGACAGCGUCCGCAGCCUCGUCCUGGCCCUCGUGAAUUCUACGGUAACCAUUGAGGAGUUCCAUUCGCGGCUUCAGGAGGCCACCAACUUCCCCCUGCGGCCCUUUGUUAUUCCUUUUCUCAAGGCAAACCUGCCCCUUCUGCAGAGAGAGCUCCUCCACUGUGCACGGGCAGCCAAGCAGACCCCAGCCCAGUACUUGUCCCAGCAUGAGCACCUCCUGCUGAGCACCACCAUGGCCUCGUCUCCGGACUCCUCGGAGCUGCUGAUGGAGCCGCCGGAGGCCGUCACCAAGAGGCACAGCCCCAACAGAGCCAAAGAGAACGGCUUCCACGAGCGCGAGCGCCCGCCCCCGGCCAUGGAGCCGGCCGCCAAGCGAAUUUGCACCAUCAGCCCCGCCCCCCGGCACAGCCCCGCCCACCCGCUGCCCCUGAGCACCCAGCUCCACCCGACCCCUCCGCCGUUGCAGCACUACGCCCUGGACGACAUCGCGGCGCCGCACAUCCUCCACCGCGAGCACAGCCAGCGCAUGUUGGAGAUCCGCGAGCUCAAGGACCGGCCCAGACUCCCCGGCACCAACGGGGGCUAUCGAGAGGAGCCGGUGGACCACAGACUGACGGACAGAGAGUGGGCCGAUGAAUGGAGACAUCUGGACCACGUGCUGAACUGCAUCGUGGACAUGGUGGAGAAGACUCGGAGGUCGGUGAGCGUGCUCAGGCGGUGCCAGGAGUCGGAUCGCGAGGAGCUCAACUACUGGAGGCGGCGUUCGAGCGAGCAGGAGGACCCACGCAAAGGAGGCUCCGGCUCCGCUCCCUUCUCGAAGACGCACAGCCCCCACUCCGCCGAGUCGGACUCCCAGCGCGACUUUGCACCACGGCCAGGCUCGGCAUACGUUACAGACGAGAUCUGGAGGAAAGCUGAAGAAGCGGUGAACGAGGUGAAGCGUCAGGCCAUGGACGAGGUUCAGAAGGCGGUGGCGGAGGCCGAGCAGAAGGCUUUCGAGAUGAUCGCCGCCGAGAGGGCCAAGAUGGAGAAGACUCUGGUCGACGCCAAGAAGAAGGCCAAAGAAGACGCCGUCAUGGUCAUCAACGAACAGGAGGACUCCAGCGAGUGCUGCUGGAACUGCGGCCGCAAAGCCAGCGAGACGUGCAGCGGCUGCAACGCGGCGCGCUACUGCGGCUCCUUCUGCCAGCACAAGGACUGGGAGAGGCACCACCUCAUCUGCAGCCCGGGGCUUCAGGCCCAGCCCAAGCCGGUGUCCGCCAUCACGGCGAGCAGGGCGGCGGCCGCCGGCGUGGCCCUGGCGGGUCCCGCCGGGGCCAAGUGCCCCGACGGCGUCCCGGCGGCGUCCAGCCCCGGCGGGGACAAGGCUUCGGUCGCCUCCCGCUCCUCCACCCCUUCCACCCCGGCCUCGGCCCCCGAAGCCAACGGACACUAGAGGGGUGUUUGUUACCUUACUCCCUCCCCCCCCCUCCCCCAGCGCGGGAGGAAGUGAAUCGGCGGCGAGAGGGAACUAUUUGUGAGUUAAGUUGGGCGAGCAGAUUUGUAUUUUUUUUCGUCACACUCUUUUGGCAGAAAGAAGUAACAGAUUAUGGAUGACUGUUUGAGUGAUAUGUCAACUGGGACUUUGGCUUUGGCAGAGAACAGAAGGGAGCGCGUCUAUUGGACGAAGAGAUCUCCGUAACAGAUGGAAACGUGUUUGUCUUCGUCCCAAAAAAAAAAAAAAAAAAACCCAACCAAAUCUUGGAUCUGCAAAACAACUGCUUAUCUGUGGAAGUUAUGAAAGAGAGAUAAAAAUAAAGCGUUUAGCUAUGAAUGCGCCCUCCCCUUCACACCAAUGUUCUCACUUUGUCGUGUAUAGAUUUAAGAUAGUGAGGUGAUGGGGGGGGGUAAUGGAAGCAGUGUCAUGUUACCAGCCACAAAGCGUCUGUCUUCCGCCCGAGGGUCGCCUCCCGCAUGCGUAAAUAUUUGCUCAGCCAACUUCUCGCCAGGUUCCCCCGUGUGCGUGAAUGCGUGCGUCAAACGUUCUUGCAGCCAGUGAAUAUUGUCCAGCGUACGAUAACCUUCGUUAUUCAAAGUGUUCGGGUAUCUCAAGCCGUGUCUGCGUCACCAAAGUUUUCAGUUGCUACAGAGAGAGAGAGAGAGAGAGAGAUUUCAUCGCCUGUAAAUGUCUUGAACAAGAGGUGAUUACACACUAGCCCCCCCCCCCCCCCCCCCCCACCACAUCUACUUUUAUAAAGAGCAUCUUUUAUUCCUGAUCAUCAGGCGUCUUCAAAAGGAAAGGGAGAGAGGUGAUUGGUCCAAGCAGCUGCAGGAAGGUGGAAGUUUCAUUUCGGCACCUGUUGGCAUCAGCAGGUGUGUAGGGGGGGGGGGCUCGGAUGUUGCUUCAUGUCUUGUACCAUUGCAAUGUUGGCAUCGUGGGAAUCUAGUCCAGCUGUUCAGCUGCAGGUUUUCACAAACAAGAUAAUCAAAAGGGAGACGGUUCUCACUGGUGCUCUGGUUGCCGUGGUUGCAGGUUCAGAGCAGCGACUCCAUCCCACGGAGAAUCUCAGGAGGCAGCUAAACUGUAUUUCUAUGUACAGAUCAAUGUUUUUGUUUUUGUUGUCGCAGUUAGGUUCAAGUCAAAAGUUUACUUGAGGGACUUUGAUUUAUCAUACUCUGCUGUUUCAGCUAAGAUAUUUUUCUUUUCGUUUGUUGUAAGAUGACUUUGUAAAGAAUAUUAUGAGAGAUUGCCUUUAUUUUGCGAGCCACUUUUUUUUUUUCUUUAACACGUUCUUUUAUGAGGCGUAUCUUCAUAUGAAAAAAGAUAUCUUGACAUGAAGUAUGAAAUAAAGAAAUAGAAUUACCUCACAUUC